AGUGGAAGACUAAUGAGCCUCAAUUAAUUUCAGAGUCUGCAACAGAAGCCUCGCAUAAUCUUAAUGUUGGGGGGAAUGAGCCAAGUAAGACCUUAGGUUUAGGUUGGUUACCUGUUUGUGAUGAUCUUUAUUUCCCACUUGGGUUCUCUACUGCGGCUAACACAAAACGUAGUUUGCUUUCAGUGAUCUCACAAAUAUUUGAUCCUUUAGGCCUUCUCUCUCCUGUUGUCAUUAAAUUUAAGAUUAUAUUACAAAGUUUAUGGUUGCAGAAUCUAUAAUGGGAUGAACCUCUUCCUUCGCACAUCCAAGCACUCUGGAUGGAUGCUACUAAAAAUUUAAAUGUGUUAAAUAAUUUACGGGUAUCACGUCAUGUAAUGAUUAACUCGUAUGAACAAUUAGAAAUUCAUGUGUUUUCGGACGCUUCUGAAAGGGCAUACGGUGCCUGUUUAUACAUACGUAGUAGUGAUCGUAGCGGUAAUGUAUUAGUACGUUUAUUAACAGCUAAGAGUAGGGUAGCACCGAUUAAACCAACUACAAUACCACGGCUCGAGCUUUGUGGAGCUCAAGUGGCUGCAAAACUAUAUAAAAAGGUUUGUAGUUCGUUAAGAAUUAAAGUUACGAAAUCAUUUUUCUGGACUGACUCUUCCAUUGUAUUAGGUUGGCUUAAGAUGUUGCCAAGUAAAUUAAAUACGUUUGUAAGGAAUCGCGUCGGAGACAUUUUAGAAAUAACCGGUGAUUGUGAAUGGCGUCAUGUUCCUACCGCUCAAAACCCAGCUGAUUAUGUUUCUCGAGGAGUUAAAGUCGAUGAUAUUGAAUCACUAAACAUAUGGUGGUCAGGACCAAACUUUUUACAGAAGUCUUAUACUGAUUGGCCUUCCAUUUUAGUACAAUGUGAACCGUUGCCAGAAAUGCGUAAUGAGGUAUGUUUACUUAACAUUGCUCAUCCAAUAGAAUUCAUUCAAUUUGAACGCUUUUCAAAUUUUAACAGACUACGUCGUGCUAUAGCUUAUCUACUUAGGUUUAUUGAAUCGUGUAAGGGUCGACGUGCUGUAACUAAUUACCUUACUGAAACAGAAUUAAGUAAUUCACUUAACGUUAUUAUUCGUUCUGCUCAGAGAGAAUCUUUUCCAGAAUAUGAUAUUCUUUUACAAAAGAAAGAAUUACCAGUUAAAAGUGCUUUGUUAAAAUUUAAUGUAUUUUUAGAUCAAAAUAAUUUAAUGCGUAUUGGCGGUCGUAUUAGUAAUUCACAAUUUUCAUAUGAUAAAAAACAUCCUUUACUAUUAAUGUCCACACAUCGAUUAACACAAUUAAUAUUUCAACAUGAACAUUUGAAACUUAUGCAUGCUGGGCCACAGUUAUUGUUAUCUUCAAUAAGAGAAGUUUAUUGGCCUAUCGGUGGUAGAAAUUUAGCAAAGGCUACUUAUAGACGAUGUAUCAGGUGUACACGCAUGAAAGGAAAGAUUGAAGCUCCUAUUAUGGGUAAUUUACCCCAGCGUCGAGUAACUCCCGGUAACUAUCCUUUUGAGUCUGUUGGCGUGGACUAUGCAGGUCCUAUUGCUUCUGUCAGUCGUCAAGGUCGAGGCUCUCGUAUUGUCAAAGUUUAUAUAGUUAUAUUUGUAUGUUUUACGACUAAAGCAUUACAUCUGGAAUUAGUGGGUAAUUUGACAAGUAACAGUUUUAUUUCUACUUUUCGUCGAUUCAUUGCUCGUCGGGGUAAACCAUUGCACUUAUAUUCAGAUAAUGGUACUACAUUUGUUGGGGCUUGUAAAGAUUUAGCUAAUUUCUUAAUGCGUAACUCUGACUCUCUUGCCACUGAUCUCAUCAAUGAUGGCAUAAACUUUCAUUUCAUACCUGCGUAUUCACCACAUUUUGGUGGGAUUUGGGAGGCAGCAGUUAAAUCUACGAAAUACCAUUUAUUAAGAGUAUUAGGGAACUCUAAAUUAACUUUUGAAGAAUUGUAUACAGUUUUAACGCAAAUAGAAGCUAUUUUAAACUCACGACCACUCACUCCCUUAUCAACGCACCCUGAAGAUCUGACCCCACUGACCCCUGGACAUUUUUUGAUCGGACGUCCACUCACAGCUAUUCCAACUGAAAGUUAUGUAGACCACAAUUAUAGUCAUCUUUCAAGAUUUCGAAGAAUUGAACAGCUUCGUCAACAUUUCUGGACACGAUGGAGCAAGGAGUAUAUCUCAGAACUCCAAAAACGGACAAAAUGGCAAACCCAAGGAAACCCUUUGCAAAUUGACUCACUUGUUUUGCUAAAGGAGGAAAAUCUGCCACCUAUGAAAUGGAAGCUGGGUCGCAUCGUGGCGCUCUUUCCUGGUGCAGAUGAUGUUGUUCGUGUCGCAGAAAUUAGAACGUCGACUGGAAAUGUGAGACGAUCAUUUUCGAAAAUUUGUCCAUUGCCGAGUGGAUUGGUUGAAGCCAAGCCUUCAACGCCUGGGGGCAUGUUGGUGCAUAGCGCCUGAAUAUUAUUGAGUAGCAACUACUACAAUUGUCUUAACUGCUACAAACAGAACAAGGGCGUGCUUUAGUUUGUAGUAUUACUAAUUCAUUCCAAUUACACCUCUGUACAAAGAAA